AUGAGUUCACUACGUCGGUCAUGGCUCUUAGCCAGGGGCUCUUACAAUUGUACCAAUCAAUGGGCUUCAUUUGCUCAUGCCCAUCGAAGGCCAUUUUCAAGCUCGAAGAAACUAGGGCGAAUAUCAGCUCUGAAGGACCUCCUUAAAGUAUCCGAGGAAGUCACCGAUGCACUAGCUACGAAUAAGCCCGUGGUGGCCCUUGAAUCAACUAUCUAUACCCAUGGAGCUCUGGGUAAUGACUUAGACUUGGAGGGUAUUGUUCGACGCAAUGGUGCUAUACCCGCCGUGGUUGGUAUUCUAGGAGGUGUGCCUACGGUUGGCCUCUUACCCCAUGAAAUAACUCGUAUUGUCGAGGGAUCGCCGAAGAAGGUAUCGCGACGGGAUAUUGCCUAUCUGGUUGGUAUGGGUAUCGCAGGCAAUAAGAUUAACGGAGGGACGACCAUUGCUGGUACCAUGAUUCUGGCAAGGCUUGCCGGGAUCCAAGUUUUUGGGACCGGCGGCCUUGGCGGCGUGCACCGCGGAGGGCAUGAAUCGCUUGAUAUCUCUGCUGACCUGACCGAGCUCGGUAGAACGAGAAUGGCGGUUAUUAGCAGUGGCUGUAAGGGAUUCCUGGAUAUUCCUAGGACCCUGGAGUACCUGGAAACUCAGGGAGUGCUUGUGUCAACCUUCUCGGAUGGUCGAAGUGGUGCUGUGGACUUCCCGGCAUUCUGGGCAAGGGAUAGUGGUGUCAAAAGCCCAUCCGUUGUACAGGAUGAGAAACAGGCCGCUGCCAUGAUCUUGGCGCAAGAGAAACUUGGCAUUGAAUCGGGACUGCUGUUUGCAAAUCCUAUACCUGAAGAAUUUUCCAUCCCUCGAGAUGAGAUGAACGCGGUUAUUGAGCAGGCAGUCAGCGAAUCAACACAGCAGGGGGCUCUCGGCAGCGAAAAUACGCCCUUCAUCUUGAGGAAGAUUAGGGAGCUUACUGGCGAGAGAAGCGUGUUGGCAAAUAAAGUACUGGUACGAGCGAAUGUAGAGCGGGCUGCUAAGGUAGCCGUUGCGCUCUCACAGCUCACUGCAGGUGAAUCUGUACAGUCUCAUGAAUCGAUGAAGAAGCAAAGCGGAUUUAUUCCCUCUGUGAGCAAGAACCAUUCGUUUGACGAAAUACAAAGAGAACCCGAGACUACCUCCCAAGCAGAUAUAUUGGUCGCCGGCUCUGUGGCAAUAGACCUAAGCUGUGACUAUGUAGGUGAAGACUCGUUAGAGCACCCUGCUCCUCACUUACAUACGUCAAACCCGGCUCGUAUUGGUCAAUCUAUUGGCGGUGUCGGCCAUAAUGUAGCGCUUGCAGCCCAGAGAGCUUUACAGGCCCCUAGAGUGAGACUUUGUAGCAUGGUUGGUGAUGACUUGGCCGGAUCAACCGUGCUAUCGUCUCUGAGGGCAAGCGGUAUGGAUACGUCUUGCAUCAAGCAACUUAGUCGCGAGCAUUAUCCAGCUAGUCGGACAGCUCAGUACGUAGCUGUCAACGAUGCCAACAAGAACUUGGUCCUCGGUAUGGCAGACAUGGGGAUUUUUACAGCUCACUCGUUUUCGGAAUCCUGGAAUUCCACAGUAAAAGAAUCUAAGCCCAAGUGGCUCGUGGUGGACGGGAACUGGGCUGAGCAUGACAUUCGAGCUUGGAUACGAGCCGGCAAGCAGAACAAGGCUCAUGUGAUAUUUGAGCCUGUGUCAAAGGAGAAAUCUACGAGAUUGUUCUGCAAAGAAAAAGGUCUUGAGAGUUUGGGCGUCUUUCCCAACCCUGGCGUUGAUUUAAUUACGCCUAACCAAUACGAACUGGCAGCUAUGCACGCAGCUGCGCAGCGCAAUGAAUAUUUCGACGACCCGCGGUGGUGGGAGACUAUCGACGCCUUCAGCAUGAGAGGAGCUCGAGAUCGCUUUGUUAAAAUUACGUCUGCUGAUAUGACAGAUGCUGGUAUUCCACAGCAGGCUAUACAACUUCUCCCGUAUAUUCCUACCAUCAUAACGAAGCUUGGGAGUCACGGCGCCUUGUUGACAGCGGUACUGGAGAAGAACGAUCCUCGUCUGAUAGACCCGGCGUAUGAUAGGUUUAUUCUCUCAAGAAGUUUCAAUGACCAUCCAGAAGUUGGAGGUGUCUACAUGAGACUAUUCCCGGCUGUUGAACAGGUGGAAGACAUCGUGUCAGUGAAUGGGGUUGGUGACACUUUUCUCGGUGUACUAGUCGCAGGCUUAUCACAAGGAGGCAAGGUCGAGAAUCUCAUCAACGUCGCUCAAAAAGGUGCGAUCUUAACACUUCACAGCCAUCAGUCUGUAAUCAUAUUUAGAAGGGUGAAGCAUGGAAAGGAGAGGUAUAAAGAAUACCUCGUUGUAUAUAUCUACAGUCUAUUUUGGAUUUUUGCUACGACGGAAAUUCUAUCGCAUCCGCCUUCGACAAGCAAAUUGAGUUGGCAAACCACAAUGUCUCGAAACCGCCAAAUAGAUACAAUGGAUGACGAAGGACGUGCAUCAUCGUCUAGCGAAGAAGAAUCCGACUUCGAUAGCGACGAAGAAAUUGCGCUGCAAACCCGCCAAGCGCAAGUGAUUGACAAAGACUCUGACGAAGAGGAGCUCGAACGAUUUGUGCUUGGAGAUACGGCCAAUUUUCGUGAAAACUUAUUUCGGGACGAGUCAAGAGUUGACGAUGUAGGAAAUGUUUUUGGUGGGCUCAUUGAAAAAGAAGGGGGCGACCUCGAGACAGGUUUAGAGGAUGUAGACGAUGCAGACCUCUUCACAUUUGACGUAGGAGCUGCUGCCCCUAGCGGCGACAAAGCUGCUGUGGUACCAUUGGCCCCUAAAAGCCAGGAAAUAGCAGAGAAGAAUAGACCUGCUUGGGAAGAUAGCGACGACGAGAAGUUAACUAUAUCACUGGCGGACGUAUCCCAAUUGCGAAAACUACGGAUCAGCGAGGCAGAGGAUGUUAUCAGCGGUACUGAAUAUACUAGGAGACUAAGACAACAAUAUCUUCGACUGAAUCCCCUUCCCGGAUGGGCGCGAGAGGCCGAGGAACGCCCAGCGAAGCGUCGUCGGCGGUCAUCUGCGGCAGCAAGCGACUCAAGCAUAUCAGACGACGAAGCAAAUGAAGGGGAUGAUGAAGCGUCUGCGCUACCUCUGGAAAAGUUCCUCCGGGACGCCAGUACAUUGAAAGAUAAAAACACCCAGAAGGUGAAGAAGCUACGUCCAGAGGUCAUUGACAUCCAACGAUCUCGAGAUAUACCCGAUACACACAAGGACGAAGUCACGUCUCUUGCUUUCCACCCAGAAUACCCUGUUCUAUUGUCUUCUAGCACAUCUUCUGUAUUAUACCUACACCACAUCGCGCCAACUGCCCACCCAACUCCAAACCCCCUCUUGACGUCGGUACAAGUCAAACAAGUACCCGUUCGGAGAGCCGAAUUUCUGUAUCCCACUGGUGAUAAAAUCUUCUUCGCUGGACGGCGACGAUAUAUCCACUCGUGGGACUUGCCUACCGGUACGAUACAAAAGACCAACAAAGUUCAGGGCCAUCGGUUAGAGCAAAGAACGUGGGAGCGCUUUAAGCUUAGCCCCUGCGGGCAAUACUUGGCAUUGGUCGCUUCGACAAGGAAAGGCGGCGGUAUUAUCAAUAUAUUGAACGCUAAUACUAUGCAAUGGGUUGCUGCCGCCAGGCUUGACAGCAGAGGAGGCAUUGCGGAUUUCUCCUGGUGGAGUAAUGGUCAUGGUCUUACAAUUUUGGGCAGGGGAGGUCAGGUUGGUGAAUGGAGUAUGGCUACGAGGCGUUUCCUUGCGAUUUGGAACGACGAAGGUUCUAACGGAGGAACGGUGAUGGCAAUGGGGGGCCGGGACGGUCCUAUCAUUCUCGGCGGGGACCGGUGGAUAGCAAUUGGGUCUAACAGUGGCGUGACAAACAUCUAUGAUCGGCAGGCUUUGAUAUUACCUUCUUCAGACGAAGAGCUGGAAGUCCAGGAAAGACCCGAACCGACCCGAAGGUUCAUGCAGCUAACGACUCCGGUCACGGUUCUUACAUUCAGUCCCGACGGCCAACUGUUGGCAUUUGGCAGCAAGCACAAGAAGGAUGCGCUACGUCUGGCACAUUUGCCAAGCUGCACGGUCUACAGGAACUGGCCGACGGAACAGACGCCCCUUGGCAGGAUUUCGGACGUGGCAUUUGGUAGAAAGAGCGACUUAUUGGCUGUUGGCAACGAUGCUGGAAAAAUUAGAUUAUGGGAGAUCCGAAGCUAG